AUGGACAUAUCACAAGACUUCAUGCCAGGAAUACUUUCAUUCCCCGACCAGCCUGACUUUGACUAUAGUGCCUUUCUCCAAACUGACCCUUUGUCCUUCGGUGAAAGCGCCUAUAACCAGCAACAAUCCUCAUCCUCCUCAUCAGACAAGGCAACCCCGCCAAGUUCAACAUCAAAUUCCAGCGGUGAAGUCGCCGUUCGAGUAACGUCACUGCAAAAACAGCGACUUGAGAGGAGAGGUCAUACUAAGAGCAGGAGAGGAUGCUAUAAUUGCAAGAGGAGACGUAUCAAGUGCCAGGAGACUCGUCCUGCGUGUGGACAUUGUACAAAGACAGGAUUGAAGUGCGAAUAUCCUUCUGCGCCUCAGAUCACACAUCAGCCGCAUAACCAGGUUCCGCUGUUUAGUCUUCAGGACAUGCGCUUCUUUCAGCAUUUUCUGACUCAAUGCUAUCCUCAUCAUCCGUUGAGGCAAGAAGAUGUUUGGACUCAUGAGAUUCCUUGUAUUGCACAUAACCACGAAUAUCUCAUGCACGCAAUUCUAGGGUUCUCAGCAUCCGAACUCAUGAGAAACGACCCCAGUCUCAUUUCAUCAGCUAUGAACCACCGCAUAAAGGCCAUUAGAGCCAUAAAGAAACGCCUCGGAGAAACAGCCAAGUCCUCAAUGGACUACGAGGAGGCCAACGCUAUGGUAGCCACCUGCUACGCUUUGACAUUCCAAUCAGUCAGUCUCGAGGAUGGGCUAGCAGAGUAUCUGACUUUCAUCCGGGGUAUCAUGAUUGUAGGGAUGCAAAUGAUGUUUCGUGGUAUAAAGCCAAUAUUUGGAAACACGAUGGAACCAGAGCAAGAUGCGCUGCUUGAACCUCUCAUGCAGGGUCUUCCUCUUAUCCAGAAGGGGUAUACUGAUUCUGCGGUCGAAGCUCUCACGAAUCUUAAACCGUUGUGUAAAGAGGGCGUUGAGGUUGAGUACCACCAACAUCUCAUGACGAUAGUCGAAAAGUUCUACGUCAACUCUUGGGACGCCUACAAAGCGUACACAGCACAAUACGGCUGGUGGAUGCUUCUCCCCCACGAGACAUUCCAAGCCCUCAUCAAUCCAGAUAACCAAGUCAUGUUGCUUCUCCACUCGCACUGGAUUUCUAUCAACGAAAUCAUGACGCCUAUCAGCGGACAAGAGAGGAACGUCUCGGAUAAGAGUCGUUCUGAAGAGGGAAAGACAGAUACUGAUCCUGGAUUCGCUCGGUGGUUGAAGUAUCUCAAUGCGAGUAUUGAUAUGGAGCACCAGGCGUAUAAUCAAUGGCCGAUGUGGGUGGAGGAGCAACUUGACCGUGAUAUUACUUUCUUUGGAAGAGUUCCAUGA